AUGAGCUCGCAGCGGCCCAUCAGCUUAUCGGAGCUGCGUCGCGGCGCGCUCUCGUCCAAAAAGCUCUCGACCAUCUUGACACCGCCAAAGCUGUCUUCACGAGCACGCAUUAUCAUGACGCUUACCUCAGUAUGUGGUGUCACGAUCUUGACGUCAUUCUUGUCAGGAGGACUCACCAUCGCACUGCCCUCGAUCGCCAAAUCGGUCAGUCUGUCUCAAGAAUCUUUGUCAUGGCCACUAUCCAUGUUUUCUCUCGUCAGUGGUGCUCUGCUGCUGAUCGCCGGGGGGAUGGCCGACGCUUUUGGAAGGAGAACAGUCUUUCUUCUCGGCAUCACCAUCUUUGCUACCGUGUCGAUCGUGACUUCGUUCAUGAACACAGGUGGAGGUCUGAUCGGUUGUUGUGCAGGACUAGGAUUGGCAGCGGCCAUGCUCAUUCCUUCAGGCGUCGGUAUCCUGGGCAGCUCGAUCCCCGAAGGACCCAUCAAGAACCGCAGCUUUGCAGCCAUUGGAGCAGCACAGCCUAUCGGCUUCAUCUUUGGACUGAUCCUGGGUGGUCUGCUCGCAAACAGGUGGAGAGUGAUCUUCUGGAUCCUAGGCGCUUGUGCUAUCGCUUUCGGUAUCUGUGCCUUCUUGUCCCUACCCAACGAAGGCGAAGAGCUUAUCCGCACAGCGAACAACUCAAGAGCUACAUCUGUCGUCAAUUUGACCGCCAAUGUGGCUGAUAUCUCUGUCGAAGGCCGAUCCUCCACCGUUUUGCCGCCUGAAGAUUUGAACAAGGCAGCCUCAUCGAGCCGCACCGAUCUUCCCGCAUCAGGUUCUCACACUCCUGGCGUGCCUUCUCUCAGUGCUGCAGCAAACAUCAGCGCGAGCCGAUCGCUUCGUCUAAAGACUUUCGACUGGCUUGGUGCCUUCCUUUCGACCUCGGGCCUUGUCAUGCUCACGUUUGCACUGUCUGACGCCGAGUCGGCGCCGCAAGGCUGGAGGACUGGGUAUGUGAUCGCCUUGCUCCCGACAUCCAUCAUCAUGCUGGCCGCAUUCUUGUCAUGGGAGCGAUAUGUCGAGCGCAGGCAACAGACAUACGAGAUGGGAGCAUCGAGUGCCGCGACGAUCCAACCUCGUCGCAACGCAACAUUCUUCAAGGCUCCACCCACUACGCCACUUCUGCCACCUGCCAUCUGGCGAGCACCUCGAUUCGGUGCUGUCCUUCUCGUCAUCUUUCUGGCGUGGCUCAGCUUCAACGUCAUGUCGUAUCUCAGUACACUGGUACUGCAAGAAGUGCAACAAAUUUCGCCGACUCGAACGUCACUCUUCUUCCUGCCGAUGGUCGCCAUGGGUCUUGGGUUGAACGUGUUCGCUGGCUACGUCGUUGGAAGGAUUUCAGCCGUGUGGCUGAUUGUUGGCGGUGCUUCGGCCGGCGCAGCAGCGUGUGUCAUCAUGUCCGUUGGCAUCGAACCGGACACGCCUUACUACAAGGCUAUGCUGUGGAUCAUGAUCCUUCAGGUUGGACCUGACGUGUUCUUCCCUGCAGGCAGCUUGUACGCUUCCAAAUCGGUGGGCAGGCAGCAUCAGGCGCUGGCAGGCUCGCUCUUCAACACCACCAUCCGUCUGGCUACCUCGUUGGGUCUGGCGAUUUCCUCGUCGAUUUCGACUUCAGUCACCAAAUCUGCUGCCGCCAAGCAUGCUACAUCACAUUCAAUUCGACUCAUCAGUCGAGACCUGACCUUGCAUCCGUCAAUGCUACUAUCGGGCUCGCACCUUGCUCGACGAGCCGCUGGAGCAGCGAGUGGAGACGUCACGUUGCACACGCCGGAAGCACUGUUGCAAGGCUACAAAGCAGCGUCGUGGCUGUGCUUUGCCUGCUCAAUCCUGUCCAUCGUUGUAGCUCUGGUAAAGCUGAGAGCGAUAGGUGUGGUGGGGGGGAUGGAAGGCAAAGUGGAGGACAGCUCACGACCUCCCAGCGUUCACCCGCAGCAGGAAGAGCACGAGCUGGAAACAGUUGUGGCGCCACACGACGGAAAAGCUUCGGCCGCUUCAGCGGCCCACUCUAGACGUUAA